GUGCGUUCUCGCCAGUCGCGUCAGAACGCUCGACGAGGGCACAUCGUGGUGCAUUCGUCGUGUUUGAAGCAAAUCGACUUCGAACUCUGUUCAAAUUCUUCUCGGGGGGAAGAAGGAGACGUCUCGUUACACAUCCGAUCAUUCGAUGACUCUCUGAAUAACGACGUUUCGGUCGAAAUGUGCGGAGCGAUUUGCGCGAAACUGAAUGUCAUCGCGCGAAAUGCAUGCCGGAAGUCUCUCCUCGUAUAAUCUCGCCGUCGAGAUUGUGGUGAAUUCGUUGGUGUAUUGUGACUAUCGCGUAAAUUGCUUUCUAAUUUAAUUGUAAGACAGUGAACUUAGAUGAUCUCGAUGUCGUAUAUUUGUCGAUUUUAAAUUUCCGUGUUGAGUGCGCGGAUCGCUACCUGAUAAAAUUCAGUCAAAAUAAGAAUAAGGAGGAAUGUUGAAACACGUGUCGGUCUCACCGUGGAGAGGACGGGCGGAUAGCGUGAGCCUCUCAUCCAGCGGCGGCGCGAGUAGUUGCGGAAGCGGAAGUCCUACCCCCGGUCACACACCACCACCCUCGAGAGCGUCCUCAUGCGCCUCCCUGGUACCCUUAACCGCCCUGUCGAGCUUUUCCCCGGCUGAUACCGCACCCCAACAGACCACCAUCAAGGUCUAUGCCAAUUGCUUGCGACCGGACAUCGAAUAUAAGACCCUGAGUAUCACUUACGAGACGACCUGUCGCGAGGUCGUGCAAAACCUUCUGAACAAGUAUCGCAUGAGACAUCGCGAUCCUCGAUUGUUUUACCUGAUCAUGGAGGUGACCGUAAGAAGAGCCAACGUGCGCACCGUUUUGCCGCUCGACGAGGAUGCGCGGCCAGCUGUCUUGCAAUCCUGCCAUCCUCGCGGUGAUUCCAGGUUCUCGUUGCAGACGCGCCGUGGCGGACUUGUCAAAAUAUACGACAGCGCACUCAUGUCCGGGUCGAAAUACAAGAGCCUUUUGGUCUCGGAGCAGACCACCGUAGACGAGUUGAUCCAGAUGCUAUUGAGUUGCUACAGCUCCAAGGAACCAGUGGAGCAGUUUUCUCUCUACGAGGUCUGCGAAGGUGAAGAGUACCAAAGGAAAUUACACCCUGACGAUUCUCCGCUUAAAGUCACACAACGGUGGACCAGCACAGAUCGACACCUUCGCAUUAGGCGUAAUCCAGAUUAUAGGCGAAAGAGCAUGUGGGCGUCGGACUCGAGUAUCCUGGCAAUGUCGAGGCUGGAUCUCCACGACAGUCCUCCUAUCCAUUACAGUUCGAGAAUCGACAACAACAAUCAUUUGAGUUUGCAUCAUCUCGCUGGAAAAACCGUUAAUAUUGCCACUAACAACAAUAACAACAUCAUUCAUCGAGAUCAGCAUCACUCGUCCUUAGGUUCCAUUAAUCAGGCACCGCGAAUCGUCGUACCUCAUAGCGCGGAUCUUCCACAGGUACAGUUACCGCGAAUGCAGCAACUUCCACAAAGCGUUCCAUCAACGCCGAUCUCGGCAAAACAUGUGACUGCCUCUUCCUAUGCCGAUUACGAGAAUUAUCUCUUUAUAUAAGAGCAAAUCGCACACACAAGUUUGCAUAAACGUCAUCGAAGUUGAGAGAAAUCGCGUCAAUCGCGAAAAUUCGACUCACGAAACGGUCAGAGUUACCAGAGAUUAUUGGGGAUACUAGAAAACAUGCGUCGCGGCUAUUCGAUAGCACGAUUAUCUUCGUAUGUAAUAUGUAGACUUCAAGUACUAAGAGCACUAUGAGGCGUCAACAAAUAUGUACCUUCGAAUUGUGUUAGAAAAUUAUUAAUGCAUCUUCUCGAUGCAUUUGGAUUUAGUUCUUAUUUGAGCUAAUAUAUUAUGAUUUGACAAAGCUCGUUUCCUUGUUAAAGGAAUUUAAUUUGCAUCAAAACAGUUGUGAUAAUUUCUGACGGAUAUUGUGAUGUUUAAUAUUUCAACGAGCACAUGAAAAAUAUUUGCAAUAAUAAUUAUAUUUUUAGCUUUAUUUCUUUAUAUUCUUUAUAUUUACGUAAAAAAAUUAUGGUUUUUUAAAGAAGUUCAAGAACAAGAAAAUCGAAAAAAACGCUCGUUAAACGCUCGUUUGCUGCCUGUAUUUCAGCUGAUCGAAGGUUGAUAACAAAGAGAAUUUAUUAUUAUAUUAGUUAUAUAUUAGUAGUGAGGGAAAUUGUACCAAAGGUAGACGUAUAAAAUUAUAGUGUAUUUAUAUAUGUAUGUAUAAAUAAUAUAUGCUGCAUUCGUAAAAUUAUAUGCGGCAUUCAUCAAGUCUGACACAUACACUUAAGAUUUUGAUAAUUUUUAUAAAUAUUU